AUGUCCGCUGAUUCACUCGAUUUUCUGGCUAACCUUGGAAAUGGCGGACCACCUGAUCUUCGCGGAAUACAUAAUCUAUUGAACCAUUUUCCUGACCGCUUCUUCGGGGCAGAGGGACGACCAGUUGCGCCCCAGUCACGCUUUCCAUUGAUUGACGUUUUGAAGUUCAACUUGCAUGGCGACGCCGUGCAAACGGCAUCGUCUUCAUUUCAAGGACUCCAUUUGAAUGUCAAAUGGAGCGGCUACAACACGCCUGAUAAACAUUUUGCCACUUGUUUCAAUCAUCUUCUAUGGUAUGAUGGAUCGAGUCUUCAAGGUCGCUGUCAGAUGCAAGUUAAAUGAAAUGUUUGGGGAAGUCAACUCGAAAGCGGAGGUGCUCAUAGACAAGGAUCAUUGCGUCAUCGUGUUUCCGGCAACAAAAGCGUUCGAUUCGGGAAGACCUGUGAACGGGAGGCUUUCCAAAGAAAUUCCCGUUGAAAUCAAUUUGGAGCACUGCGAGAUUCUGGACCAAUUCGCCUACAAUAAUAUUGGGUGAUGGGGACAACAUGGGUCCGUUAUGUAGAUGAAUGUGCAGUCAGAAUGAAAUUUGAUCUGCUCGAAGUCCCAGCCCUGGUCUCAACCCGCAUCACAAGUUGUUUUUCACUGACCUCAAAGAACAAGUUUUGAGUCCCAAGGAGGCGAGAGCGUUUUUUGACUUCGCCAGUGCCAUCUUCAAUCGGUCAUUCAUGGGACUGGAUCUCUUCCACGAAUCGGUGCGCAAUGGUCUCAAAUUUGGCUUUACAACCAACUGGGACUCUCUGAACACAGUAGAUUCGGAGUUUGACUUCAACUCUCGGACUGCCUUUCCCGGAUAUCAGAAUGUGCUUUACGAGCAACCGUCUGAACUGACGUCUAUCAGUAAUAGAGAAACAGCUGGAAUGUGCCAAAUUUUCAAGCUGAAUCUCGAUCCAUCCGAUGUUACUACUCGAUUCCAAAUUGUUAACGUGAAGAACGUGAACUCGUAUACUUCGCAAUUCACAUUUUAUCUGGAAAACAGUCCAAAUGGAUAUCUUCUCAUUGCUGGUGGAUGUUUCCAAAUGGAGAGCAGACAACUCGUCAAUUUGAAGCUUACGCUUAUCGACGAUGGCGUCAGUUGCAUAAAUACCCAAACAUUCCGCAUUCUGCACGGUGGCCAGUCGACGAUUAAAGUAGUUAUCGCACUUCUCGACGAUGACAAGAUGGAAAAGAUGUUGCGAGGAGAUCUGCACCUCAACUUGCACAUUGACACGAAUGGUACUAUCUCAAAUAUCGUGCACAAUUUUGAAAAUCAAACCGAAAGAACUGGAUGCUUCGUCAUGCCUGGUCUAGUCACAGACUAUAUAAAAUGUCGUGAUGGGAAAAGGAUCGGCGUUUGCAAGGAGCUUUUCGCCAACAAUAGUGAACACUUGAGUAAUCUCUUCUUCGACAAGGUCUUCAAGGAUUGUGGAAAGAGCGAAAUUACGGUCCGCGAGGAUUCUGAUAUUGUUCUUGAUGCUCUUGAUAUCAUUUAUCAUCGCUCCCUCGCAAUCUUCCCGGCUCACAUCAAGCGCGUUCUGGAUUUGGGAAGACACUGGAUUUCAAUCACAAUUGAUCGUUUCAUGGAGAUGGUCAUUCUUCACUCUACUCAUCUUUCUGUUAGUGCAAAGAUCAAGCUUGCCGUAGACUAUCAUUUUGAUAUCAUAACAUACGUCGCCCGUCAUCCGCGUUAUGCGUCUAAUUACAAUUUGUCGCUGACGGAUGAACAACUCAUGCAAGUUCGCAUCCCAGGCAAUAACGAGAUUGAUGGAAACGAUGCUCGUCUGCUCGUCGAUGGUCGUCGAAGAAAGUCUACCAAGCGUCAAAGAGUGGAAGAGUAA